AUGGCGGGGGCUGUGCACAGGACACUGAGGACAAAGUGCCUCUUGACCAGGCCCUUUGAGCUUCAAGAGGACUAUUACAGGCCAGGAGACCUCCUUGUUGGUGGGAUUUUGCCACACCUCAGUACUACUGCCAUACAAGCGUACUUCAAAGAACCCCCCCAAAACAUCCGUGCUGCCCGCCCGGUGCCCAAAAACUAUCAGCACAUCCUGGCCCUCGUGUUUGCCAUCAAAGAAAUCAACAAGGAUCCGGCACUCCUCCCCAAUGUCACGCUGGGCUUUCGCAUUUUUGAGGACACCUACAUGGCAAGAAUGACCUACCAGGCUGGCCUGUCAUUUCUUUCUGAGCGGGGUCGAAUAGUCCCUAACUAUAGAUGCAGCAGAAAGGAAGAGCUGCUCUCCGUCAUUGGAAGUCUCUACUCCAUAAUCUCAAUGCAGAUGUCCUCCCUCUUGGGCCUCUUCAAGAUCCCACAGAUUCAUGCCUCUUUGAGGAACACCCAGUUCAACAACACUGCAGGAGAAGAAGUGGUUUUUGCUGAAAAUGACAAGCGAUCAGCUGGCUAUGAUAUCCUGAACUUGAUCUUUUCCCCAAAUCAUUCUUCAGCUCAAGUGAAAGUUGGCAGAGUGGAUCCUCGGGCUCCCCCAGGCCGAGAUUUCAUCAUUAACUCAGACGCCAUUGUUUGGACGACUCAGAAGCUGCCCUCUUCUAGGUGUGUAGAGAGCUGCUUGCCAGGUUCCAGCAGAACAGUUCAAGAAGGGAAGCCGCUUUGCUGUUACGAAUGCCUCCGCUGUGCAGAAGGGGCAGUUUCUAACCACACAGAUGCUGAUCGCUGUGUCUCGUGCCCAGAAGAUCAGUACCCAAACGAGGACCAAAAUGGGUGCAUCUUAAAGAAUAUAAACUUCCUUUCCUAUGAAGAGAUGCUAGGGGUUGUUUUUGCUUCUCUUGCUCUUGUACUGAUUCUGAUCACAGUUCUAGUCCUGGCAAUGAUUGUUAAACAUGGAGACACGCCAAUUGUCAAAGCCAACAACCGAGAUCUAACAUAUGUCCUCCUCAUCUCCCUCCUGCUCUGUUUCCUUUGUUCCUUCCUAUUCAUUGGUCGGCCCAACAAGGUUGUUUGCCUUCUCCGACAAACUGCAUUGAGCAUAAUCUUUUCUGUUGCCAUUUCUUCCAUCUUGGCAAAAACGGUCACAGUGGUUUUGGCCUUUAGGGCUACCAAACCAAGAAACAUGGGAAGAAAACUGUUGGGGAAGCAACGGGUCAACUCUAUUGUCUUGGCUGGUCCUCUCAUCCAAGCUGUUCUGUGCAUAGUUUGGCUGGGAACCUCUCCCCCAUUCCCCAGCCUGGAUUUCCAUUCUUUGGUGAAAGAAGUCAUAGUGAAAUGUAAUGAAGGAUCGGUCACCAUGUUCUACAUUGUCCUGGGCAACAUGGGGCUACUAGCCCUGGUCAGCUUCUUGGUUGCUUUUCUAGCUAGGAAACUACCCGACAGCUUUAAUGAAGCCAAAUUCAUCACCUUCAGCAUGUUGGUGUUCUGCAGUGUCUGGAUCUCUUUUGUUCCAACCUACUUGAGCACUAAAGGGAAGUACAUGGUGGCUGUGGAGGUCUUCUCCAUCUUGGCCUCUGGUGCUGGCCUCCUGGCUUGCAUCUUUCUCCCCAAAUGCUUCAUUAUUGUCCUGAGGCCUGACCUCAAUACCAAAGAUCAUCUCAUAAGAACAAAGCAAAAAUAA